AGCACACACAUUGAGCGUGACGUAGCGACCGUCGGUAAUGCGAUAGUGUGAGUGUGUUUGUGUGUGCGCGUGUUGAAAAAUGCGGAACGGUCGUGUAAUAAAUGCAUGCAAAAUUUAAAGAAAAGCAAAAAUAUGUGAAAAUAAUUGCAAAAUAAUGGAAAAAUUACUUUUAAUACAAGAAAAUAGUCCAAAAUUACUGAAAGUGUUGCAUACUUUUGGGCGUUGAAACUGCUGAAACGUUAAAUUUCCAGCAAGUGAGUAGUUUAAAUACAGAAAUAUGCAAAAUAAUGGAAAAAUUACUUUUAAUACAAGAAAAUAGUCCAAAAUUACUGAAAGUGUUGCAUACUUUCAGGCGUUUGAACUGUUGAAACGUAAAAUUUCCAGCAAGUGAGAAGUGUUACAGCAGAAAUAUGCAUAAAUAAUUGCAAAACAAUGUAAAAAUGAGAGAAUAGUGGAAAAUAACUAAAAGCGUUGCAUACUUUUAUGCGUUGAAACUGCUGAAACGUUAAAUUUCAAGCUAUUCAGUGUUGUAAAUGUAAAAAUAUGCAAAAUUAAUUGCAAAACAAUGCAGAAAAUAAGCUCAGCGCGUGAAAAUAUUGGAAAAUAACUUAAAGCGUUGCAUACUUUUAGGCGUUCAAACUGCUGAAACGUUAAAUUUCAAGCAAAUUUCAUUCCUGCUGGCUGAUUGGAACUACCAAAUAUGCUGCAGUGAAAGUUGAACAGCAAAAACAAAACAAAACAGAAACAACAAAAACUCCAAACCAAAAUUGUACUCGAGCAGGAAAUUCGCGCAUAUGGCAUAGUGAAAAGCAAAAACAAUAACAAAACCAAAAAGAAAAUAUCGUUCGAAGAGUGCGUGAGUGAAUGCGAUGUAAUUGAAUUUGCUUCGACGUGUUUACGGUUUUAUGGAUGCGAAAUGAAAGUAAAAUAUUGAAACGUUAAAAGCGAAAGCGAAUACGGAAAAAAUUUAAAUCAGAAAAAAAUAGAAAAUUGAACAAAAAAUAAAUAUAUAUACUAUACUAACAUAUAUACUAUGAAAGAAGGCUAUGUUAACAACAACAACAAAGAAUUUCCAAAAAUACUAGUAGUAAAAUAACAAAAUUGAAAUUUGUGCUAACCAAUAGCGGCAGAUAUUUUAUAUACUGCACUCUAUACUACUAACAGUGGUAACUCAUACGCAGUGGUGUACGCCAGCUAAGAGAGCGUGAGUAAAUAGUGAGGCAAUUUUAUAACAGACAAAUUUCGCAGCGUUUUUGGCAUAGUGACAUUGUUCAAACAUAUAUACUUACAUAUACACUCGAGUGAAAAAUAUUUGUAGCGCUUUUAACCAAAAAUUCUCUCAACACACACAUAUUGUGUUGUGCAAAUACAAAGCCAAAAAGUUGUAAGCUUACAACAAAUAUUGUAAGGAAAAUAUAGAAAAUAUGAAAAAUACGGCAGAUACACAAAAUAACUGUAAAACCAAGCAUAGAGCGUAUUUUAAGAAUUUCAACAAAUAUUUCAUCAACCCAAAACAUACCGAACAAUUAUCUAAAGCAACAAGCGCAGCGUGAACGCAGCGCAGCUAUAUGAAUUUGUUUGUUUAAUUCUUGAAUGCUAGAUAAAAAUGAAAAUGUUGUUAUUCUAUUGUUUGGCAUGCGCGGAAAAAAAGAACGGUGAAAAAUAAAAAUGUACUUUGAACUUUGCGCAAGUUCAGCAAGCGAAUUUGAAGCAGUGAAAUUGAAGUGAAGUGCUGGUGAAGGAUUACAAAUGAAAUAAACCAAAUGUGUUUCCAUAGAAAGUUCAGCAAAAAACAACAAAAAACAAAAUAAAAAUAACAAAAAUAGCGCAUAUUAUAUAAGUGUUGUUGCAGUAGCGCAAAUUGUUGUUGUUAGUGUUGAACUGCAUGCCAUUACAAUAGCAGUGAGCACACGCUGAACUGACACAAAAAUAAAUUGCAUAAAAUAAAGUACUCAUCAAAAAUAAUAAUGACUAAGUGCUAGCGCAACAAAAAUCGUGUUAAAUUCAAUAAACUUUCGCAUAAGCUGUGUGUGUGGGUGGAAAAGGAGCUGAUGAGCGCGCUCUUGCACAAAAACGAUAUUUAAGAUAUCUAGCACCCUGAAGCUUGUAAACCCAAAACGUCGACAGUUUCAAUAAACAAAAUAUAUGAUACACGGAAACUGUUUUAGCUCUACACAAUUAAACAACGAACUGUUUGGCGAAAAAAGGUGGCAAGUGGCACUUAGACGCGGGGCAAGCAGUGGCAGUGCAGCAGAAAUACCAGCCCGAGGUGCGUUCGAGUGUAACAAAUAUAACAGACCUGUGUCCAACGGCAACGAACCAGCAGCUGCGUGCAAAUACAUUCCUGCGUCACACAGAUGCUGCAACAACGUCACCUGAGUGAAUAAACAGGAAACUGCAGCAGCAGAAAAAAUAAAAACUGUAACUAGUAUUGCAAAUUGCUGAGUAGCCUGGGUGCGUGCUUGAGAACGUGUGAAUGAGCGGCUGAAUGGAGGAAAAAUUGCCAAUUCAGUUGCUCAAUAGCGAACGCAAACAAUCGAAGUGAAACGUGCAGCAGCAGCAACAACAACAACAGCUACAACUAUAUGCUGUGGCAAGAUGUGUUAAACGCAGUACGGCACAUGUGGCAUGCUACACAGAAAACAACAAAAACAAUAAGAACACAGAGGCAAGGUUAAAAUAGCGAGCCAAACGCAUUCGCACAUAUUUGCAACAGUGUGGCAACACCAUACUGACACUAACGAAAACAAAUGAAAUAAUAAAAUUUCCGCAACAACAAAGUCCAAGGUACAAGGCAUACAGAGUGGAAAACGAAUUUGAAAAAUACAACAACAAUAGCAGAAAAAAAAUUUCAAUGUUGCAACAACAAAACUGGCUGGCAACAAACGCACUGAAUACAGAACAGCGCAAGUGUAUCGAGUGCCAGCGGCGAGCGGCAGCUUAAAAGCAGCUACGCAUUGGCGGCAGUGAUGUUGGAGGCGUUGCAUGGGCAGCAGCAACAGCAGCAGCAGCAGUGGCACAACGACUACUACGACGACACACAGCGUACGCUACACGUGUGCCAAACGAAUUUCAUCAAUUUUCGUCAACGACGCAAAGGUAACAGCUGCCAACGGAUAGGCCGGCAACAACAACAACAUUACAUAGCCGUACAACAAAUAAAACAAAUAGAGAAAAAUCAACAACAACAACAACACCGACGCGGCAAACGACGACGACGACAGUUUGAACGGCACACAGUUGGCAAUAGUCAAGCGUGCACGCAUGACAAACAACAACAACAACUACAACAACAAGAACAUUUUUCCAUUGAGGCACCGCAUGUUGCCACAUUAGUUUGCUGAUAUCGCAAGCAAACGCUGGUGCACUAUUUCCGGUCGAACGGCGUUGGUGUUGGCAAGGACACACGUGUCGGCUGGCAAACAGCCCUACAUUAAGAUUACUCAUACGCACCGACGUACUGCAGCAGAGCGAACAACGCACAGCCGCGCGCUUGGUUGUGACAUAUCCUUCCUUCAUUUCUUUGACAUUUUCUCUCUCUCUCUCUGUGUGCGCUUCUUUCGACUUCCGUCAACGUACAUAUUUCGUUGCUUCAUCAGUCGCCUGCUGUGACCGCUUGUUGCUGUUAAUUUGUUGUUGCAACACAGCGACGUUGGCAUAUUUCUAGCGGCACACCAACGGCAAAGGAGGCGUGUGCUGCCAUUAAUAGCAGCCUAUAGCGGUGAAAUAUAUGCAACAGUAAUAACAACAACAAUAAGCACGGAGGUGUAGUGCAACAACAACAACAACAGUGUAACAAUAACAUUCAUUGAGCGAUAGCCAUUCGAUUGCAGCGUGCGCACACAAAAAGCCAAUGCCAGCAAAUAUGAGCAGCAAUUGUAUUGCAAUUUGCUUGUCAGUUUCCCUUGCGCUCAACAUUCUGCUAAUGUUGUUGCCGCAUGCAGCCGGCGAUGAUUGGUCGGCGAGUUGUGCCUCCAACUGUACCUGUAAAUGGACGAAUGGCAAGAAGUCAGCCAUCUGCAGUUCGCUGCAACUCACCACCAUACCAACAACGCUGAGCACCGAACUACAAGUGCUCGUGCUGAACGACAACCAUAUACCCUAUCUGAAUCGAGAGGAAUUCACCAACUUGGGUUUGCUGAAUUUGCAACGCAUCUACCUGAAAAAGUCCGAGGUGCAAUAUGUACACAAGGAGACAUUUCGCAAUUUGAAGAUCUUAGUGGAGAUCGAUUUGUCAGACAACAAAAUAGAAAUGAUCGACAAGGAUACUUUCAUGGGUAAUGAUCGGUUGCGUAUACUCUAUCUAAAUGGUAAUCCACUAAAGAAGUUGGUGGCCUACCAGUUUCCCAUACUGCCACAUUUGCGUACAUUGGAUCUGCAUAACUGCUUGAUCUCAUACGUGGAUCCAAUGGCGUUGGCGAAUCUAAAUCUCUUAGAGUUUCUCUACUUGAAGAAUAAUCUGCUCGAGAGCCUGAGUGAAUAUGUCUUCCAGCAUAUGACGAAUCUGAAGACACUCGUCUUGGAUGAGAAUCCAUGGCAGUGUAACUGCAAGCUGCGUAAAUUUCGCAAUUGGUAUGUGAAAAGCAAGUUGAACAGCAUCAGUUUGCUGUGUAAGGGACCGCCGUCCCAGAAGGAUAAGCAAUGGGAGAAUGUGGAUGAGGAGCAAUUCGGCUGCAUGCCCAAAGUGGAGCUCUUCAACAAUGAAGAUGUACAGAAUAUAGAUAUCGGAAGCAAUACGACGUUCAGCUGCCUGGUGUAUGGUGACCCAUUACCCGAGGUCACAUGGGAGUUGAAUGGCAAAAUCUUGGAUAAUGACAAUGUGAUCUUCGAUGCAGAGUCAAUCUCAUCGGACAAACUAUGGAGUAAUUUGACUGUCUUCAAUAUGACCAGCCUGGAUGCAGGCACAUAUGCGUGCAUCGGUUCAAAUGUGGUAGGCGUGGCAACGCAGAAUAUCAGCAUAUAUCUAACAGAAAUUGUGCAGCAUGUUUUGGUCAAAACGCCGGAGACCUUUUGGUACUUCGGCUUGAUCAUGGGCACAUUCGGCACGAUAUUUCUGCUCAUACUCCUCUCAUUUGUGGUGUGUUUGUGCAAACGCACAUCACGACAGCGACGUCAUCCGAAGAAAUCCGGCGUGAAACCGAGUGUCAGCUUUAAUGAUCAGGAGAAGAAGCUGCUCGAUCUGAGUAUCACAACAACAACAGCGGAUCGCGGCGACAGCUGUAUCAUGGAUAACAAUACGGUAACGACAAUGAGUAAAACGGAGUCGGUAAUCGGCUUUGAGCCGAUCGAAAUACAUGCAACGGAGAAUAUGCGCGGUGCCAAUCACAAUCAUCAUCAGCUGACACAUCAGCAGGCGCAUCAACAGCAGCUACAACAACAUCAUGCGCAUAUGGCCGGUGCUGGCGGUGGCAAUGGCGGUCAAAACUCAAUGAUGGCGCCGAAUCGCCAACAACUGAUGGCCGUCGCGGACGGUUCAUGCAGUGUGGUCGGCAUACCAACAUCAAUGGCCUCAGGCGUUGGUGGCUCGUCGCAUCCGAGUACCAUACCAGAGGAGUUCCCACUGAAUGUGGGUGUCUUUCCGCCACCGCCGGAGUUUUGCUCCAACAUUGUGCCCAAUCCCGCGUACGGUAAUAUCUUCAUCAGCGUCUCUGUAACGCAGGAUAUGCUCGACGGCGCGGAUAUCAGCAUGUAUCCCGACCUCUUGAAUAUACCGAAGCGACAACUGAAUGCCGAUGGCACCAAUGUGCAGACUGGCGUUAGUGUGACCAGCGGCAGUAUUGGUGGCAAUACGAAUGCCACGACAAAUACAAUGUUACCUUCGGGUACCACGACUGCUGUGAAUGUUUCGUCGUUUGCGACGCUGCCGCGCAAUCAUCAACGCCGCGGCAUACUCAAGAAGGACUCAUCGCUGCAGCAUCAGCAUUCACUGCAACAACAACAACAGCAACAAACGAAUUUGUAUCCACACGAUGAAAUCGUCUCGUAUCACAAUCUGGACACCACCUACAGCCAAGGCUAUCAGGAACAUCAGCAGCAACAACAGCAGCUGCAGCAACGCCAAGCAUAUGCCGCCAAUAUAGUUGGCUUGCCGCCACCACCACCACCACCUGCCGCAGCCAACAUGUCCACCCAGUGCCAUCACAACCAAGCGGCGGCAGCGGUGGCGGCGGCCAUCAAUGCCAAAGCCUGCGCCGCCUGCAUAGGCACGCUCUCACCGCCACCGCCUUCCUGCAGCACGCCGCCCACCACAAUGGACGCCACACCGCUGCGACCGCUUUGCAAAGGCGGCGCGGGCGGCAAUUCGGCGUCUGGCAAUGCGGGGCUGAAGUACGACAACAUGGGUCGGCGCAUAACGGCAAGCGGCAAUUCGACGCUCUCGCUGCCCGAUGAAGCGGACGAAGAGUGCGAGGAGGAUGAGACACGCUUCAUUGAGGAGGCGUGCAGCAUAAAGCAGGGACAACAACAACAAGACUGUCAACAACAAAAAUCCGCAGCCGCGAAUGCGUCAAACGCCGCAAGCGGUAAUUCGAAGGUAGUGGAUGCGGGUGGCGGUACGGACUAUGUGUCGCUGUAGUAUUACGGCACGCAGGUGUAAAUAUGAUGGCGUUGUAAUAUACACAGUUAUACAAGAGUUAUAAAUCUAUAAGCUUAGCGAGAACAAGAGAGUGCUAGUAAGUAUGUAGGCAUAGUUUAGACACUAAAUUAUAGUAGUAAGCAACAAAUUUAUCUAAUAUUAUAGCUAGUACUUAAGCAGUUGUAAGAUACAUAUUAUCGAGUCUCAUAUGCUAGUAGUUCUCAUUUUUCCACAUCAUCUUCGUACUUAGUAGGGCAUUCAUAAGAUAUUACUGUUAUAGCAUAGCAUAUAGUUUAUAAGAACAAUUUCGUUAGAGUUAGAAAAUUAUUAUUUUUUUUAAUUAUCAUUAAUUUAGAACCAGUACUUGCGAGAUUAGCGGUCUCUAACUCAAACCCAACAAAUAAUUGACCAUAAAAAAGUGAUUAUGUUGUAUAUAAAUGCUUCUUCCUUCGUUCAAAGCACACUUAUACUUUAUUCGAAAGAAACUGCCUCUAUUUUAUUCCAACAAUUUCUUCGGAGCUAAAUUUUAUAUUUGCGAAAAGGUAUAUUUGUUGAAGAUAUAGUGCUCCGUAGCUCUACAGCAUUGGUUUUUACUAACAAUUCAGUCUACUUUGCUAAGAAAUCUCUAUUAUCUAUUUAUAUCUAUAGGUACUGUUUCAGUCGUAGGCAGGUUGCAGGUUUUCUCUAUUUUUAGAGACCAUAAUAUCUCGUCUGGUCGAAAUAAGGCGUGAGUAGUUUUGAGUUCGUAUUUGCCAAGCAAAAGUAACCACUACAAAUUGAUAAAAAGAGUCUCUCAGCAGUUCAGAGCUGCUUUGAAAUCAUGAGCGGGAUAAAAAUAAUGAAUUGUAAGUUUUUCCAAUCAUAUACACUUUUUGUUCACAUUAACCUUUUCCUUUAAUUUUGAAAUACACAUAGGUUCAACCGAAUCAAUUUGAAUUAAAUAGUGUAGUUUAAAGAGAGCAUUCACUAUAUAUCAGAUUUUUGAAUAGGAAAUAGAGGAAUUAAUUAUGUCAAAAGCUUCCCUUCAUUAUAUUGAAAUUUUAUUAGAGUAGUGCUAGUAUAUCACUUUGCUUAUUCGAUUCGUCACUUGCUUAGUAUUGCUGAGCUAAGUAUUAAUUUGAGCGUCAAAUUAGCGUGGAAGUUUAAUAUUUUACUUCUAGUCUAUUCACGGUUGUGUUACAUAAAAAAGCUUGGAAUAGCAAUAUAUUCCUUAAUAAUUAGUACCAUAAACGGUCCUCCUAGUUGGCUAGAAGUACUUCUACUGUUAAAAGAUGUUUAGAAUUUUUCAAUUGGUAUAAUAAAAAUUGGAUUUGAAUGCAACUACCUUAUCAGAAAACUGGAAUGCUCUCUAUUUUAAAAUAUAUAUAUUUUAUUUUAGAAUAACUACUGAAAAGUUACAUAGAGAUGAUUUAAAUAGAAAUCAUAAAGCUUAUUUAUAAAUAAUUAUUGGGAUAAACUUUUAAUAGGAAUAUUCACUCAGUCCUGUAGUACCAAAUUAAGUCCUCUAAUUCCGAAAUUAUUCCAGUUAAGCACUUUCACUAUAAUGUUAUUACCAAACCAUGUGUUAUUCUCCUUUUUGUCUCAGUUCGAUCGUUUAUAUUUCAAAUAUCAUUUCUUCAUUGAGGACUUCUUCUUAUUAAACUGAUACAAAUUAUAGCCAAUAACAAUAUAAGGUGAAAUAAAUUUUUCUUCAUAUAUUGGGCCUAAUCAUUGAAUCCGUUUCAAUCGUAAAAUAGUUCGAUACGAUCGAAAAAUUUUACGUCGAAAUCAUUGAAACUAUAUCGAAAAUAACGAUCACGAUCAAAUCACAUUGAACUCAUUUACCUACCAAUUUUUUUUUUUUUGAACGAAGCAAAAAGCACACACAAUUUAAUUGAUCAAAUUUGUCGCGUUUGUCUCAUUUGUCGAUAAAGGUCGAUGAAGCAGUUUUUCGUUCUCACUUUGUGGUAAAACAAUCUCUCGACGGAAUCAAUGAAUGCAUGAACAUUUUCGAACAAAAAUCUUUAUCGUAUCGAAAUCGAAUUCGCUGUGGAUUCAAUGAUUAGGUCCAUUGUAGAACUGUAUUCUAAGGUUGAUCGGAUUUCUAUUAAAUAUUAGAUUUCUAUAAUUAAUUGUUUAUAUGUGCAUUUUCUGCGAGACAACCCCACUAAAGAACUACCGAUAUACGCAAUGCAAAAAUAGCUCACAGAGUUCUGAAAUGAUAUAUGUAAUUUAUAAUUUACUCGUUUUAGGCAGGCUUUGUAACAGUUACGAUAUUUUAUGAGAUUUGUUUCCAGAAAGACUAUCGGCGUCUAAGAUUGCCAGUUUAGAUCCAGAGACUAGAAAACACUUCCUAAUUUCGAACGAUGUUUUGACUUGUGGCAACUAUUAGUCAUGACUCUAUUAGUCAUCACUCUCUUUGUGGUACUUGGAUUAAAAUGUUUUGGAAAGAUUUACAAAUGUUCCAAUUGAAAAGUGAUACAACUUGAGAAACUUUUCAUAGAACGUUGAAACUAUUUUUAGAUCUUUUUUAGCACGAUCGCUAUAUAUCCCGAUAUUUAUUAUAUUAUUGCCCGUUAAUGUUUAUUUAACUGCCAAGAGCAUAGCUUUACUUUCUUCUUCUUAUAAUAUGAACGGCUAGUUCUGACCAAUAUUGAGUUGAAUCCAACGUCAUUGUAGUAACUUUCACAACCAUCUACGAGCUUAAACAUUGCAAAUUAGAGCUUAGUGGUUAUUUUUACAAAAAAAAAUUGCAUUUAUUUACGCUUUAAAUGCAUUUAGCUGAAAUGCAAAAUUUUGCUAAUUUUUAAAUUCAAUUAUAUUUAAUUUCAAUGAAUUUAGCUUUAGUUGCAGUUGCUGCAGCAUGUUCAAUUAGGAUAAAGCGUUGCAGCUGCUGUGCGAAAGAUAAAAUUUGAGUCAGCAAAAAAUGGCUAUUAUGUAAUAAUAUAUUUAUUUAGAGAAAAAAGACACAUCAUAGAAAACAACAAAAAAUCAAAAUACAAAAAAAAAAGAAAAACAAAAACACUAAUUGAGUAUGUAUUACAUAAUGAACUAAAUAUACAUAUAUAUAUUUUCUGGCAUUGAUAAUAAGCAAACAUAACCAUGUCUGUAUGUAUGUAAAUCGGCUUAUCUUUAAUUAAUAAUUAACUUUUAUUGAGGCGCAUAAUGGUUAUUUAUAUGUAGAUAUAUGUAUAUGCAUAUAUGCAUACAAGUGUAUAUGUAUGUGUAACGGGCAUUGUAAAUAUUGGCAGAAAUUGUAAAUUACUAAAUAGAUUAGAGAUUUUUUAAAACUUUUAAAGCUAAAUUGCAUUAAAUAAACAUAAUUAAGCUGUCGGUCGGAUUAUAAAGAGAGCGAAAGAGCCAAAGAGAAGUGUCACAAAAAACAAAAAUAAUCAGUGUAAAAAGUUUGCAGGCAAAAAAUGAAUUUAAAUGUAAAUUUAUGGCAAAAGAAAAAAUAAAAAUCUAACAAAAAACAACAACAACAAAUACAAAGUAAAAUGUAAAAAAUAACAGUAAACAUUUUAAUACCAAAUCACACACACAAAGUUAAAUAAAAAAAUGCAUAGUGUGAACGAGCUGUAAGGAUUUUCAUUACACAAAUUCACCAAAACAACACUUGCAUGCAUUAUUAUCAAACACUUUUUUUUUUAAAUUUUACUAUUUUUUUCGCCAAUAACAGUUUAUUAGUGUCCCUAACUUAGCGAAGAAAUUUUGCGUAAAUGAGCAGCAGCGAAAUUAAUUUCAUGUAAUUAGCGUAUAGUAGAGGCAGCCAACACAAUUUUAUAAACAGCCAAAGAAACAACAAUAAACACACAUAUAAACAUAUACAACAAAAAACAUAACAACAACUGUAUAAACUGUAAAUUGUUGGCAGGGCAAAUAAACGCCAGCAAUUAGGAGCAUGAAUGAUGAUCUAGAUCAUAAAUUAAUAUUAAAAGAAAUAGCAUUUAAGCUUAAAGUGAAUAAAAUGAAAAUAAGUAAAAGGAAAAAUUAAAAAAUUAAAGAAUUAAAACAA